CAGUUCAACGAAUAGUUGGUUGAUUAAUGAAUGAAUGGACUAGGCGAAUGCGGCGUUCAUGCUCACCGGCAAUUUUGAAAACACACAGAAGACAGUGCAUACCGGCAUGUGGAGCAAAACAACUCAAACUAAGCCAACGCCACUGCAAGAAAGAUACACACCGACGAAGAGCAGUCCCAGCAGCGACCAGCAACCAGCCUGUCCGACGAGUUUUUCUUCGUUUACUUACGGCCGGUCGCGCGCUCGCUCCCAACGCUCAGCCGGUGAAUGCGCCAGUGGAAUUGAGUUAAUUGCGGCUGUGAGCUGAUCGGUCUUGUGUUGUCUGUCGCGGCGAUUUAGUUCUGUUUGAGACGCUUGGUGAGUUAGAAGUGCGCGCGUAUGAAAUUCACGUCACGUCUGAGACAACACCAGUCAACCUAACUUACACGGGUGCGUGCUAAAUGCAUUGUAGCGAAUGUUUUUGUGUCGCGCUAAACAACAACCAAAACGCUAAUAAAUAUGAAAAUGAGACUUGCCGCUGACUGUGCGCGCCCAACGUUGCAUUUCGUUUUGUGAAAGAAAUUUUCUCAAUUUUGCUUUAUGUAGCUUUCAGCAAAUAUUUACGUUAAUAAAUUACGCAAAAAACCGGCGACAUAAACCCCAAUAAUAAUGGCAUUAAAACGGCGGCAACAGCAGCGUUAGAUAAAAAAGCCACAUAAAAACAAAAUACAUACAAAAUUAAAAAAAAAAAUUUAUAUAAAAAAAUAUGAAAUUCCGUUAGAAAUUUUGUGAAAGAAAUCGAUAAAAAAAUACGACAGCUACCUUUAGCAACGCUUUUUUACUGUAUAUUACUUGUGUGUUGGUGCGUGUUUAGCGUGUGAAACCUGACAAGUGCAAGUGUACUUGAAAAAAUUGUGUAGGAACGCAUGCGCAACCCCCAAAUGGCUGUGCUUUUGCUGUUGCAAGGGUUAAUGAAAACAUUACCAAACGUGGCAGAAAAACAGUGAAAGAUUUUGCAGUUGCACUGCCACAUCUACAUACAUCUACAUCUACAGCGAAAGUAUUGCAGGCUUGCAAGUCAACAUUACGGAGUAAGCUGAAACUGCAAAUAACUUAUUGCGGUUCGUACGAUUCGAACAGCCGGUUGUUAAGCUUAGCCAAAAGUAAUUUAUCCGGUAUGUGUGCCCAGAAUUUGUGCAGCUAAAGCGUAGCCACACUGUACAAUAGUAACAACAACAGCGGUCGAACGUUUUUAAAAAAUAAUACCAAGCCCUAUACUGGCAACAGCCGGUUUUAGAACACCACUUACAGGACUUUUUUAUAUAAGUUUGUCGUUGGAUCAUGGCGCAUCACGCUACAUUCUCAGCUGCUGCAACAAUAGUAUCUGCGUUUUGGCAGCUGUCCUUCUUGUUGACUUUACUUAUAUGCAGUCAACUCAAGCUAAGCGCGGCGUCACAAUCCUCGUCACUGGGUGUACACAUUGUGCGUUCACCUGAAUCAGCAGUGGCGCCCAAAGGUGAUGAGGUUGUCUUUGAGUGCGAAUUGAAUUUGGCUCCCGAUCGUUUGGAAUGGCGUUUCCGGCACACGAGCGCACGCGCCACAGACGCUAUGAACUACAAUUAUCUACAUGGCGGCGAGAAUGGCCCCAAUAUUUCAAAUGAAAAUCUGACAUCACGCUUGCGUGUAUUUGUUACGUCCGAAACUUUGGGCGAUUACCAAUGUGUCGCGUGGGUCGGUUCGGCCGCAAUUGCUUCCACGCCCGCACGGCUGACACUUGUCUCCAUAAGCAUCGAUAACUCGAACGGUUAUAGUCGCAAUGCAAUACGCUGGAGCGUAGCGCCGAAGAAUUGCAUAUUAAUACGUUGCGGCACAGUGAGCUCGAAUCCGCCAGCGGUGUGGAGCUUCUUCCGCAACGGCGAGAAAGUGCCACAGACCGAGGUGUUGCCCUCAGCAAAUGGUGCGCUCAUACUUAACUCAGUGUCAUCAAAAGAUUCCGGUAACUACACUUGCUCGGCAAUGAACGCCAUUACCGGCGUGGAGUUGCGACUGCCACAACGCAUAGACUUGCGCGUCGAUUAUAUUGAUCGCACGCCGCCUUACUUUCUUAACUUGCCAGUGUCACAAGUGAUGGCGCGUCCGGGCGAAACCGCCGUACUCGAAUGCCCAGGUGUUGGCUCGCCACCGCCGGAAGCCGUUUGGAGCAGUCCGAAUGUAAUCAAUAUCUACAACAAUCGUACAAAAGUGUUACCGUACGGUCUGCAGAUCGCUGAUGUGUUGCCCGAGGAUCAAGGCUCCUAUGUGUGUCGCUUAGAUAACGGUAUUGCGCCUGCUUUGGUGCAAAUUAUAAAAUUUAUUGUCUUGGAAGCGCCACAAAUACUGCGUGGUCCAGCAAAGACACGUACUAAUGAAGGCGAUCAACUGGAGUUAGAGUGCUCGGCCGCCGGCAAUCCUUUCCCCCAAAUCUAUUGGUUAAUUAAUGGUGAAGACACUGCUUUGGAUAAUGAGACCUUUCAUGAAGAUCGUCGUUUGGUUAUACGGCAUGUGCAGAAGCGCCAUGCGGGCAUCGUGCAGUGUUUCGCAAAAAACGAAGUGGGCGAGGUCAGCGACGGCAGCUACUUGGAAGUGAACCCGAAGCAAAUACAGGGCGAAGACUCAGCGCCGCUAGGCUCCGUGCCAAUACGCAUGCCUUACGAGCAUAACGGCAACAAGAAUAAGGGCAAACGGAAACACAUGAAAAUACCGAACAUGAUACCCCCCUCACGUCCCAACGUGACCCGUUUAUCCGACGAUUCGGUAAUGUUGCGCUGGUAUGUGCCAAAGAACGAGGGUCUGCCCAUACAGUUUUUCAAGGUGCAGUAUCGCAUGCUCGGUGACUCGAGCCGCAAAAUACCGCGUGAAAAUUGGCAGACCACAAACGAAGACAUACCAUACGGCAACGGCGACCGUGUUUUUGAAGGCGGGAAGAAUUUCACCUCAUCGGUUUCUGGCUUGAAACCGGACCGCUUCUAUCGCUUCCGCAUUAUCGCCGUCUACUCGAACAACGACAACAAAGAGGGCAACACUUCAGCGAAGUUCUUUUUGCAAAGUAGCGAAGCUUUGGGCCCCACUAAAGCCACACUGCCCGCACCAGAGCUAUUGCGCGUGGAACCGCUUUCUGAGACGGCAGUUAUGAUACAUUGGACGCUGCCGGCGAAUCCUACAAACGUGCCGGAUGGUUUUUACGCCUACUACCGGCUCGCCUCUUCAGCGGGCGAGUACCUCAAAGCGACUGUAGACGGUCAACAUUCAAGAAAAUUUAAAAUCGACAUGUUGGAAGCGGGUACCGCCUACGAGUUCAAGCUACAGUCCUUCAAUGCGCUGGCGGCGUCUGAGUUCAGCGCCAUAUUGCAGGGCAAGACGAAGAAACUGGCCACCACACCAGCGCCUGUGCCGCCAGUGACGCCCGCAAAAGCCAAGGAGCACGACAAGCCCAAGUAUCCGAUAGUGGCGGGUAUCGCCGGCUGCGGUAUUCUGCUCAUCGUGGCCAUAGUCGCUGCCUUUCUGUGCAUGAAGCGACGCAAUCCGGCGCCACCAGAUGAUGAAGACAAACCACAGCUGGAUCACAUACAAGCCGAUUUCGUGACACCCUCAGUGCUGGGCGUGGCGACACAUCACAAGUCCGGACAUCGUCUCAACGGCGUCAUACCGCGCAUGAAUAUUACGCCCAAUCCGCUGGCGCAGGAAGCCGACAAGGCACACCUAGGCUCCCAUCAGGGCCUACACCAUGCGCAGCCAUACCACCCACCGCCGCCCGGCACGCCCACACUAAUGCACAAACGCGGCGACUACAUGACGCAUCAUCAUCAUCAUGCCAACGCAUUGGCUGCCGGCCAACAUCCGCCGCCGGUGCCACCACACCAGAACAACAACCAUAGCGGCCAUCACAACGCGCACCAUUUGUACCAGCAACACCAGCAGCAGCAUGCGCAGGCGCACGCGCCGCAAACGCCCUCCAUGGAGCAACAGCGCCGCACGCUGGAGCGCAGCGCGCGCAAUCUGCACUACGCGGCGACCGCAGUGCCGGCGAAUGCGACGCAGCCACACGACGCGGCCAUGAACAUCGAUGGCCUGCCCACGCGCAUACCGUCGCUGCGCCGCACACGACGCUCCUCCGGUAACACCAACAAUAACAACGGCGGCGUAGGCAUACCCAUCGUGCCGGGCAGUCCGCGCGUGCAGCGCUCGCCGAUGCCGGCGCGCGCCAUGAUGAAGCGCGGUCGGCUGGGCAGUCACAACGACAACAUGUCCUCGGGCAGUUUGAACAGUAUUGAGGUGUAGGCGGUAAACAGGGAUUGGGGUUGCGAGCACUUCGCAUAAGUAAUAUUAAGCAUUAGUAUGAUAGGGGAUGCUAAAUAGUAUGCAACUAUUUAGAUACAAACAUAGUUCUAGGGGGUACAACGGUACUUCAGUGAGUAUUUUUUAAACUUAAAAUUCGUCAUAUAACUAAGAAUAAGUCAACACAAGUGAUGUGCCGCGCGGGAAGAGUCCUAGCAGAUAGAAGUUAAAGCGUAAAAGCGAACCUGGAGUUUGGAAAAUAUUUACUGAAUUUAAAUAUAGUUUUACUACGUGGCUUAAAGCGCGGUCUUCUACCGCCAUAUUUUGCGUACUCUGCUUCAAGUGUUAGUGUUACAAACUUAAUUGACUUAAAUUGUAAAUAUUUAUUGCUGGAACUUCGUGAGACUCUGCUAGACCAGUCUAGAAAACUUCUAGAUUUAAGCAACAAUGUAUGGCAUAGCUGUAAGUAAAAUCUCGAAUUUGCAAGUAAGUAACUCGAAAAACUCGACUAUCUGCAUACUUUUAGGCUAAGUUCCUUAUAGUGGCUUGUUAUGUAACACUUAGUAAUAGCAUAUAAAGACUUAACGGCACUAACUCCAAUGACAAUUGUAGUUAUAUUAGUUUUGAAUACGAAAUGACAUCCACUAGUAAUAUAACCAACUUAACCUAACUAAUUAGUUUGGCGUUAACUCCGUCCUGCAGAGCUAACAAGUAGUAAGAUAAAAUAUAUAUAAAAAAAUUAAUUAAAAGACUUAGAAAACGCUAAUUGUGCGUCUAGCAGCUUGAAAUUUGUUUAAUAAAAUGUGUUUUUGAAAAAGUGCCUAAAAAUAUGCAAUUGUAAAGAUUAUGCGGUUAUUUUUAUAUUUUCAAAUUUCAAGUUUUCAGUUUUCGAAGUUUACAAAUUGUCUAAAUAGCUUUUUUUUAAUUGUAUUACAAUAACUAAUUUAAAAUAUAAUUUUCGUGCUUCCUACAGUUUUUGACUGCACUUUAUUUGUACGUACUGUACAUGUUUAGUAUUCGUUUAUAAGUUUUCAAUAUGAUUUUACAUAUAUUUAAUUUAUUAAAAAUCGAACUUAAUUGCCUUAAUUUUAUUUGUUUAAAAUUCUUGUUAAAUAAGUGAGUAUUUAGCGCGAGUUGCCACCACUUUUUAUUGAUAACUUUUAAAAGAAAUGUUUAAAAGUUAUUAUAAAUUUAUUACUUUUUUAUUGUAAUUUUUAAAUUUAAAAUAAUAAUUUGUUUUUUAAACUAAUUUUUAAUUACGAACUAAUUUCCUGUAAUAUUGAUGUAUAUACAUAUAUAUCAGAGAACAUGUUUUUAAUUACAAAAACAUGUAGUAAAUACAAAAACAAAAAAAGUAAAUAGUAAAAUAAAAAUUAAAACUUACUACCACAUUAAA